AUGGAAAAAGAGUCUAAAAGUUUAGACAAAGUCAAAAGCCAUGAAGAAGAGAAAGAGGAAAGUUUGCGCGGCGACGUUAAAAAUAAAUGUGAACAUAAGGCUACAGAAGAUUCCCAGGAAUUUGUAGACGAUGAGGAUGAAGAUGACACGGAAGAGGAAGACGAAGAGCCUAAGCUUAAAUACGCCCGAAUAACAACUCAACUGGGUCCGAUUUACAGGAAUGGUGAUGCAACGAGCACAUUUUUGGUAGCUGGCGAUAAAAUGUUUAUUGGCACACACAAUGGGAACGUUCACGUUGCGUCACUUCCAUCAUUCAAAUUUCUCCGCGUCUACCACGCUCAUUCAGCUUCAAUAUCCAGUAUAUCUAUAUCUCCAUUACCCCUACCCCUAAAAUCCGCUUCUCCUCAAAGUGUUAGCAGGAUAAUUUCUCAAGCUCAUACGCCUCAAAGGACAACUGUUAAAAAUUCAAUCGAAUCGGCUCCUGUGGUUCCAAACAUUCCUUCAAAUGCAAUUUACAUAGCAACCUCAUCAAUCGAUGGUAAUGUAUGUGUACAAUCGCUGGUGGAUGUUAAAGACGUACAAUUGCGAAAUUUUGGCCGCCCUGUUCAAGCAGUAGCAUUAUCACCUGAAUACAGGAAUGACAAGACAUAUCUCUCAGGUGGAUUAGCUGGAAAACUUAUAUUGACUGUUGGAGGCAAACCAGGCACAAGCUCUAUCUCAACUACGGUCGGAGGCACUUCGGCAACAACCUCAGAAUGGCUUGGUGUAAUUGGAAUGUCCGGAAACAACGGAAGAGACACAGUUUUACACUCAAGUGAAGGAAUUAUCAGCACCAUCAAGUGGUCAUUAUCAGGCAAAUAUGUAGCCUGGAUAAACGAGCACGGCAUCAAAAUUAUGCGGUCUAAUAUACACUUGGAAAGUGCGGACAACGAAUAUGCCUGGAAGAGAAUUGGACACAUUGACCGUCCCGACGAUAGCGGCUGGGAAGAAAUGGCCAGUAUAUGGAGAGGAAGAAUUGAGUGGAUUGAUGAAAGUUCCUUCCAAGAUGAUGAGGGAGAUAACAUUCGCCAUAACAUUGGAAUACCAAACCUAGGGAAACCAAAUCCUUCAAUCAGUAAUAAGAUUGAAAAGCUCAUAGUUGGAUGGGGGGGCACCGUGUGGAUUAUAAACGUACAUCCAGGAGGCGACGGUUUAGGGACUAUCGCAGUUCCUAAGGGGCGAUCUGUAGGUCGACCUGAGAUUGUUAAAAUCCUGCGUAUGGACUGUAUCAUAUCUGGCUUGUCACUAUUCGCUCCUAACCUACUCCUCGUUCUUGCCUACAUUGUUACUGAAGACAAAGCUCCCAAAGAUCAAAUAGGUGGAGUUUUAGCAGCAACUACUAAAAGCGGAUCCAAGCAUAAAAUUGGGAGACGUCUCAAUGCUGUGCCUCCAGAACUUCGGCUCAUCGACAUUUCUUCUUCAGAAGAAGUGGAUACAGACACGCUUACCGUCAGUCGUUUUGAAGGGUUAUCAGCAUCAGACUACCAUCUUGGUGUCAUUCCUGCUUUCUUCACCCACCCGACCAAUCAAUCGUCAAGAAGUACCUUUGAGACCUUAAUUGGUGUGGGUAGUGGGAUGUGGAACGCGACAAUUAAUGCCACUUCACUACUUAACUCAUCUGCAAGUAUUCGUAGCAGUGAUAGUAAGGUGUCUGACUCUACCAAACAGAAUCUAGCUCCAGGCUUACCUGCUGGAAGAGUUGGGGAACAGAAUGUCGCCCAUCCUUCACUUGUUAAAGCGGGCUUGAAAGUCUUCAUUCAUAGUCCAUUUGAUUGUAUUUUUGCUAUUAAGAGAGACCUUUCAGAUCACUUAUCCUGGCUUAUUGAUCAUGAUAAAUAUAAAGAGGCAUGGGAACUUAUUGAUGAGCACCCAGAAAUCACAUCGAGCUCGGUUGAAAGAUUAACUGAGACUACUCUAAUAACACCUAGCUCUAAGCAGCCUUCUACGGAUUAUAUUGAAGAUUCUUUCGAUGAUUCUUCUACAAUAAACUCUACUACAAAGUUAAGUAACUCCUCUCAUGAAAAAGAGAAGCGCCGCAUCGGUGAACUCUGGAUACAUCAGCUAAUAAGAAAUAACGAAUGGAUAGCCGCUGGUAAAAUUUGUGGUAAGGUUUUGAGGACUGCGAAACAAUGGGAAGACUUCAUUUUUAUAUUUGUUGGUGCCAAAAAGUUUGAUGAGAUCACCGAAUACAUUCCCUCUCACAAUAUGAUGCCUCCAUUGAAGUCAGAAGUUUAUGAAGUCAUACUUGGAUACUAUAUUGCUAGGAACCGGCCAAGAGCUAAAGAAUUAUUAGAUCGAUGGCCUGCAGACUUAUUCAAUAUUAAAAGCGUCAUUAUAGUCCUCGAAAACCAACUUAGGUUCCGCGAUGUUCGAGAAGACAGUAUUGAAGAUGGACAAGUGGGAAGAGACUGGCGUAUUGUUAUCGAAUCUCUGGGUAGACUUUAUCUUGCUGGUGGUCAAGUUCGAGAAGCAUUAAAAUGCUAUAUCAAGCUUCAAAACGCCGAAACAGCAAUGAAAUUGAUCAAGGAUUAUCAUCUUAUUGAUGCCCUAGCCGAAGAUUUACCCGGCUUGAUUCUUCUCAGAGUAUCUAAACAACAGAUUGACAAGGCCUCUUUAAGUGAACUAAAGGAAGCGACCUCUGAAGUUAUUUCAAUGCUAGUAAAUGAAGCUCAGCAUGGCCUUGUUAGCCCGACAGUGGUUGUGCAGCAACUUCAACAAAAGAAUAUGACACUUUAUCUAUUUUUCUACUUAAGCUCACUGUGGAGUGGGGAUGGAAUCCAGAAUUUCAAUGGUGGAACUCAAGAAAAAUUACUUCAGGAUAGUAGAGCUUAUGUUGACCAGUUUUCUGAUCUUGCGCUGCGUCUAUUUGCUAUUUAUGAUAGAGAACUCUUGAUGGAAUUUUUGAGGUAUUCUACUACUUACACCUUCGAGCAAGCUACUCAAGAAUGCGAGGAGCGAGAUUUCAUACCUGAGCUUGUCUAUUUGUAUUCUAAGACCGGUCAAACAAAAAGGGCACUUAACUUAAUAAUCGACCGAUUAGGGGACGUAUCUCAGGCUAUUUUAUUUGCAAAAGAACAAAACGAUAACGAUCUAUGGGAAGACCUUCUUAGUUAUUCUUUAGACAAACCUGGUUUCAUUCGUGUGCUUCUCGAGGAAGUAGGGACAACCAUCAAUCCAAUAAACCUAGUACGGCGCAUACCAGAAGGCUUAGAGAUCACAGGGCUGCGGGAAGGAUUAAGAAAGAUGAUUAAAGAAUAUGAAAUUCAACAUAGCAUUAGUCACGGAGUUGCAAAAGUCUUUCGAGGUGAGGUGGCUACAGCGCAGAAUACUCUUCGAUCUGGUCAGCGGAAAGGUAUAAAAUUCGAUGUAGCAUUCAAAUCAGAUGGCCAUAUCGAUCCAGAUUCUCUCGCUCUUUCUAAUACCAUUCAUACUUCUAUGCCCAAUAAAGCAGCCACAGAUUUUAAGUCUUGCUGCCCCAUUCCACCUGAGCCAGGCCUCUGCAUGGGGUGUCGCAAGCCUCUUUCUUACAAAGACAUCGAGACCUUGGUUGGAUUUGCCUGCGGUCAUGUAUGGCAUUUAAGUCAUCUCUUCCUUUGGCAGCACCCAGGCCAGCCCAUCACACCAUCAGAAUUAGAGUUGAUUGGAAACGAUAAACGUUCCGCAAGUCACAGUGUUGGCGCCAAGGUCACGCAUGCCAGAUUGUUGAAGGAUAAGAUUCCAGAUGGCUGUCCAAUAUGCAAGCAAGAUUCGGUCACGUGA